AGAAGAGGCUGAGUUUAGGGAAAGUAUCGUCGUUUAUGCUUGUCAAUCAGCAACAGCAAGGAGCCGUGGGGAGUGAAACUGGAGGGAAGGUCGACGAUCGGGACGGAUUUCUAGUUCAAAAAGCACUACAGUGCCAAUGCGACCAUAAUGUUUUGGAAAAAUAAGGAAAAACUGUAUAUAUUUUCAAGGAAACUGUUUUGGUUUACUUUGAAAUAAAGUAAAAAUCAAAGCUUUCACUACGCCGAACUUGGCGAGUAGCUAUCACUCGCUGCCUCGUUGCAUUUCAGCUUGGGGGAAAAAACCCGAAACAGCGGAUGAUUUACUCCGACAAAGUGUGUAAACUAAAAGGGGGCUCAACUACAGACGGAUAUUGCUGUGUUUAGACACACUGUGUUUGAUAUAUCAGAGGAGAGGACUUCAUCCAGAAGAGUUUGAAGAGCCGUGUAGCUCUGCUGGAAACCAGGAGAGACGGUUGAAACACGAAACCCAAAGCGCGUAUUUUCCUGGAAGGUUAGAAGAAAAUGAGCGGAGGAGAAGUGGUGUGUUCGGGGUGGCUCAGAAAGUCUCCCCCUGAAAAAAAGUUACGGCGUUAUGCAUGGAAGAAGCGAUGGUUUGUUCUGCGCAGUGGGAGGCUGUCAGGAGACCCAGAUGUGCUGGAGUAUUACAAGAAUGACCAUGCCAAGAAGCCCAUCCGCGUGAUCGAUCUAAACCUGUGCGAGCAGGUGGACGCCGGUCUCACAUUCAACAAGAAGGACCUGGAGCACAGCUUCAUCUUUGACAUCAAGACUAUCGACCGGAUCUUUUACCUGGUGGCAGACACUGAAGAGGAAAUGAACAAGUGGGUGCGCUGCAUCUGUGAUAUCUGUGGCUUCAACCCCACCGAUUCGGAAGACUCUGCAAAGAUCUCUCACCAAGUAAAUGUGCCAGGCGGUAUGGUGGUGGAUAUGGCUCCUAGUGGAAGGCCAGGAGGAGCCUUAAGGGCUUCUUCACUGGCCAACUUGCCUCCUCCCUACCAGCCUGUCAGCAUCAGACCCUUGGGGUCCUCCUCCAGUCUGGAUGAGCCUCAGGACUACCUUUGGCUGCUCAACUGUGAGAGCAAGAAACCAGAGCCUAACAGUCCAGUGGCUCCUCUUGCUCUAGGAGAGGAGCAGGAAUACCUGCUUUUGGAGGAGUGUGAGAGCAGGAGCGCUCCUCCUGACUGUCAUUUCACAGAUUACGGAUCUCAAGACUGCUAUGAUAUACCCCGUCCCUUCCCCCCAGAUAAAAGUUGCUCAUUUGAUUUUAACGAAAGCUUCAACAACUAUUUUAAGAAUAAAGGCAUGGUGCCAGUAGGAGGUGUUUCCACUGAGGAGAUGGAUGAGAACUAUGUGCCCAUGAGCGUCCACUCUUCCGCACAUCAGCGCUCCAGCAGCCUAUCAGAACCCAUCCAGGAGCCCAACUAUGUGCCCAUGACACCGGGCACAGUGGAGUUCUCCUCCCUCGGAAAACAGGUGCCUCCUCCAGCUCACAUGGGCUUCCGCUCCAGCCCCAAGACCCCACCACGUAGACCGGUGCACAUGCCCGAAUGCCAACCCCCACCCGUAGACCGCAACCUCAAACCUGACCGUAAAGGUGAGCCCUGAGAUUUGUUUCUUUUGUGGUGUAUGUGUGUGUGAU